AUGUCGGAUAGCGACCCAGGACCAGCUCCACCAUGCGAAAAAUGCGGCGCCGAUUCUGGAAUGCAUUUCUGGGAUCCGAAAUUGCAACUUUGGCGCUCCAGAUGUGCAGGGGUGUCCAUUCACCCGUUAAAGCAGACGGAACGCAAGUCACCGCACGAGUCGUUCACUCCUGGAGCUCCUGUUCCAUGGUUCAGCCUGGCAGUGAUUUCAGCAGUGGCCGCACGAGCUGCAUGGGUAAAGUCGCUACAGAGCAGACGAGAUAAUAUGAAAAAGGAGGCGAACAAAGAGGGCACUGUUGAAGGCCGUGCUUGGAGCUGGAAAUGGGGCUUGAACAGCCGUUGUUUGAAAUUUCGGCGGCCAGGGGACAGUGCACCGAGCAGCGCCCCCAAAAGCAGGGGUCUUAAUUUAGUGUCAAUGUGCUUGUGA